AUGGAAAAGGUUUUAGAAUAUUUGGAGCCAAAAACUUUCCACAGAGUUCAUUAUGUGGCAGUGUGUUUUUGGAUCCUGAUCAGCGUUAUCUUCUUCGCCGUAUUCCUCGACAUGGAAAUCAACGAGUCUAGGUUGGAUUUCCGCUGUGACGGAGCGAAGAGUAAAACCGUCGACAUCGUCCGUGGAAAAUGUUACGAGAAAUAUAUGAAGCAGUUCAACAAAUUCGGUUUUCCGGUCUAUGGCUUCGUAAUCCUCAAUUUACUCCUUAUCGCAUUUGUAUGUGCUAUUUACUCCCAAAUAGUAAGACCCAAAGUCGAUCAACUGCUCGACCAAGAUACUGCGUCAUCAACUGGAAACAAGCUUUUCAUCGCUUACUGCUCUCAACUAUCAAUAAGAAUUGUUUUAGGAGUUAUUUUCAUCAUUCUACAAACUCAGUUGCUCUACCCUUUAAAUUUUUCCUCUCAGUUUAACUGUUAUUUAACCGAUGGAACCACUCAGCCAAGCAAUUCAUCUGACAACGCCCAAAACUCUACUUUACUCGACUGUCACAAUCAACGAGCUGUAAAGAAAACCUUCUGGAUGUACGCUGUCCUUGUGGUGAAUGGAAUUAUUGUUGUUGGGAUUCUGGUUGAAACCGUCUACCUUUUUUCACGGGCAUGCAUUGAGAGGAGUUUCAUGGAAGACUCAAAGUUUCUAAAAACCCAUCUAAGUCUCAACCAACACCUGGAUGGCACGAACGAAACUAUGCCACUCACUGAAAGAGACACUGAAGAACUCCGAGAACGAAAGUUUCAAGAAUUCAUCGAACGCACAAAGGAAAUAAUUGUUCAAGAGACCGAAGGACUUUUAGAACUCCAAUCACCUUUUGUAGGUAAUCCAGGCGACCACGAAACAGCUAAAAAUUUGACUCUCGAUCAGAUUUACACCAACCUGGUGGUAAUUCAGAACAGAGAAACGCAUGACUUUACUGAAAACCGAGAGGAGCAACUCAAAGUUUAUCCAAGGUCGCGCGACGAAAACUCACAACCGAAAAGCAUGCAAGACCUUCUGGAUGUUGAAAGUAAGAAAGUUUUAAUCGUCGGUCGACCCGGAAUCGGAAAGACACUAUGUUGUAUCAAACUUCUCAGAGACUGGGCAUUGAAUAAAGAUUUCAAAGCGACAUCAGGUGCCCAAGUCCAUUUUAAUGCUGCUUUCUUCGUAAAAUUCAGAAGAUUCAACUCGGCCAAAAACCUCAGCCUCAGGGAACUGUUGAUUCAGUCCGAGUAUUUCCCAACACGUUACAUGGAUGACGGGGUCUGGAAUCACCUCCUAAAGAACCCUGAAUAUGUUCUCAUAGUUUUUGACGGAUUCGACGAAUUCGAACAUAACGAAGAGAAAACCAAGGCGUCUACUUAUCCCAAAGGCAUUGAAGAUGAAAAGCCGCUCCAAAUUCUUUAUCAAUGGCUUGUGACCGGGAAACUUCUUAAAGAUGCUUCAAUUGUAACGACUACGAGACCUACAGCUUUGUCAGGCAUCGCACAUCUGAAGUUCGACAAAAGCUUUGAAAUCCUUGGCUUCUCAACCGAGCAAAUUAAAGAGUAUAUCGACAAAUUCGCCGGAGAUGACAAGCAAGCAGGCGAAACGUUAUGGCGACACAUCAACAGCAACAUGAACUUACUUUCGCUCUGUUAUAUCCCUGUGAACAGCUUCAUCAUGUGCUCAAGUCUGUCAGAAAUAAUGCGGUUCGAAAGUUCCGAUAGUGUUACCCUGCCUUCCAAAUUAACCACGAUAUACAAGAUUGCGGUUAAAGUGUUUUAUUUCAAACACACGAAAGAAUUCCGCGAUAAACAUUUCACCCGCGAAAACUAUCUGUCAGAUAAUUUGCCUUUGGCGGUGGAGGAGAAAUUCAAGAAACUAGGAAGAGUGGCGUUUGAAGGAAUCCAAGAAGGAAAACUGAUCCUUGGAGGAAUCGAAGUACAAGGAAUGGAAGGCAGCGCUCUUUUUCACCGCUUACCCGACCGUCGUGCCGCGUUAAAAGAUGAGAAGCAAUUCUGUUUCAUUCACCUAACAAUGCAAGAGUUUUUCGCUGCGAGGCACUUGGCGAGCGACUUGAGUGAAACAGAAUUAAGAAACUUUGUUUCCGAGAACAUCAAGAACGGCAAAUGGCAGCUAGUUUUUCAGUUUCUAGCAGGACUUAUGGAGGAUAAAGUUCACCUACCAAUUGAAAUUAUCACGGACCUUCUUCCUGUAAAAACCGAAGAAAGAGAAAGCGCAGACUACAACGAACAGUGGACAGAGAAUGAAGAGCAAAGGAAAGUAACCUGCUGGCCGACUGAAGACGAACGAGAAUUAGCAGUAACAUUAAUUAAAUGUUUAAACGAAAAUAGCAGAAUGAACUUAGAAGCACAGAGAAAACUUCAACAAAUGAACUUUAAUUGUGUAAAUUUUUUCGAUUGUCACCUCACAGCUGUUGAUUGCUCUUCGUUAGUAAAUGUAAUUAAUGUUCAACAAAUUUCACAUUUAGAUUUGAGAAACAAUAACAUUGAUCCAUUAGGUUGUCUUGAGAUUGGUAAACUGUUAAAAUGUAGUGAAUCUCAACUGAGCUGGUUAAACCUCACGUAUAAUCAGUUGUUAGAUGAAGGAGCAAAGUAUUUAGCUGAGGCCAUCAACGACAACAACUGUCAGCUACACACGUUAAACCUCACAAGAAAUAUCAUCUCAAAGAUUGGAGCACAGCACUUGGCUGAAGCCAUCAAAAACAACAACUGUCAGCUACACACGUUAAACCUCAGAGACAAUAACAUCUCAGACAUUGGAGCACAGCACUUGGCUGAAGCCAUCAACAACAACAACUGUCAGCUACGCACGUUAAACCUCUCAAACAAUAACAUCUCAGACAUUGGAGCGCAGCACUUGGCUGAAGCCAUCAACAACAACAACAACUGUCAGCUACGCACGUUAAACCUCACAUACAAUUACAUCUCAGACAUUGGAGCACAGCACUUGGCUGAAGCCAUCAACAACAACAACUGUCAGCUACACACGUUAAACCUCUCACUAAAUAACAUCUCAGACAUUGGAGCACAGCACUUGGCUGACGCCAUCAACAACAACAACUGUCAGCUACACACGUUAGACCUCUCACACAAUAACAUCUCAGACAUCGGAGCACAGCACUUGGCUGACGCCAUCAACAACAACAACUGUCAGCUACGCACGUUAAACCUCUUACGCAAUACAAACAUCACUCAAGCAGGUAAGCAAAAGGCACGUAAUUUACUAAGCAAUAGUCAGUCUAAAUGUGAGCUAAUAAUUCUUUAG